AUGGGCAAAGACGACGCGGAGACAACCGCAUUAAAAAAGGAGCUGGAUGACUUAAUAAAAAAAUGCCAGGAAGAUCAAAAGAAGCAACAAGACACCACGUUGGAAGAAGCUUGCUCUUCAGUGGCAGAUGCUCCGAAAAUAAAACUAUCCACGAAGAAACUUCUUAAAGGACACAUAAACAAAGUUAACUCGGUGCAUUACAGUGGUGACAGCAGACACUGUGUGACUGGAUCAUUAGACGGAAAAUUGAUCAUCUGGGACUCAUGGACCGGCAACAAAGUCCAAGUAAUUCCUCUACGUUCGGCCUGGGUAAUGUCUGUCGCAUUUGCACCCUCUGGGAAUUUUGUUGCUUGUGGAGGGAUGGAUAAUAUGUGUACUGUCUAUGACGUAAACAAUCGUGAUGCAACUGGGUCAGCUAAAAUUACCCGGGAGUUAUUGGGUUACGAGGAUUUUUGCGCUCAUGCUGGAGAUGUCGUCAGUAUUAGUCUAUCUCCAGACGGAAACAGUUACAUAACUGGAUCCGUUGACAAAACUUGUAAAUUAUGGGACAUGAGGGAAGAAAAGGCCAAACAAACUUUCUUCGGUCAUGAAGCUGAUGUAAAUUCUGUUUGUUUUCAUCCUUCGGGAUACUCUUUUGUAACAGCAUCAGAAGACAAAACCGCUCGAAUGUGGGACUUGAGAUCUGACCAACAACUCGCUACGUACAAACCACCAAGCUCUAAUCCCGGAUAUACUUCUUGUGGAUUAUCCCUGAGCGGUAGAUAUAUCUUCUGCGCGAGUGACGAUAAUUCUAUUCAUAUAUGGGACACAUUGAAAGGCCAAUACAACGGAGCUUUAGUCGGACACGAGAAUAGAGUUACUUCUUUAAGCGUAGCUCCAAAUGGAAUGGCAGUAGCCAGCUGCUCAUGGGAUCAAUAUGUCAGGGUUUGGGUUUAA